GAUAGCAAGGCGCGCUGAUAACGGAAACGUCGAGUCGCCGCGCACGCACGAGUACACGAUCAAUAGAUCGAUAGUUCCGAGCGGAGCGGACGGCGGCCAGUAGGAAGCAGACCGACUGAAACGCGUCGACACCCCCAACGCCGCGUCUCCAUUCCCGCGGAUCUCGUCACACCGUCGAGUCAACGACCCUUCCGGUUCACACUUGACGCGCCCCCCGCUCGGUACGACGACCUACCCUCGAGAGUUUUCCGUGCCGCCCGCCCCGUGAACACCGCAAGUACUCCCCGGCGACAGGUAUCCGGCCACAGGCGUCGCCAUGAUCGGCGGUCUGUUCAUGUACAACCACAAGGGCGAGGUGCUCAUAUCGCGGGUGUACCGCGACGACAUCGGCCGCAACGCCGUGGACGCGUUCCGCGUGAACGUCAUACACGCUCGCCAGCAGGUCCGUUCGCCGGUCACCAACAUCGCGCGCACGUCGUUCUUCCACAUCCGCCGGGCCAACAUCUGGCUGGCCGCCGUCACCAAGCAGAACGUCAACGGUGCCAUGGUGUUCGAGUUCCUCAUACGGUUCACGCAGGUCAUGCAGUCGUACUUCGGCAAGAUCAACGAGGAGAACAUCAAGAACAACUUUGUGCUCAUCUACGAGCUGCUCGACGAGAUACUCGACUUCGGCUACCCGCAGAACUGCGACACGGGCGUGCUCAAGACGUUCAUCACGCAGACGGGCGUCAAGUCGCAGAGCAAGGAGGAGCAGAUGCAGAUCACGUCCCAGGUCACUGGCCAGAUCGGGUGGCGGCGCGAGGGCAUCAAGUACCGCCGCAACGAGCUGUUCCUCGACGUCCUCGAGUAUGUCAACCUGCUCAUGUCGCCCCAGGGACAGGUGCUGUCCGCGCACGUUGCCGGCCGCAUACUCAUGAAGUCCUACCUGAGCGGCAUGCCCGAGUGCAAGUUCGGCAUCAAUGAUAAGAUCGUCAUGGAGUCCAAGGGCACCAAGAUACUUGAUGACACGGGCUCGAGGACGGCCUCUGGCAAGCCGGUUGUUGUUAUCGAUGACUGUCAAUUUCAUCAGUGUGUAAAACUUUCAAAAUUUGAAACCGAACAUUCCAUAAGCUUCAUUCCGCCCGACGGUGAAUUUGAGUUGAUGCGUUACCGUACUACCAAAGAUAUAUCAUUGCCGUUCAGGGUUAUACCGUUGGUGAGAGAAGUGGGGCGUACUCGUAUGGAAGUGAAAGCUGUGUUGAAGUCCAAUUUCAAACCCUCCUUGUUGGGACAGAAAAUAGAAGUCAAGAUUCCCACUCCCUUGAAUACUGCUGGAGUUCAAUUGUUAUGCCUAAAAGGCAAAGCCAAGUACAAGGCUUCAGAUAACGCAAUUGUGUGGAAAAUCAAGAGGAUGGCGGGCAUGAAAGAAACACAGCUCUCAGCUGAAAUUGAUCUUUUGGAGACUGACACAAAGAAAAAAUGGACUAGACCGCCAAUUUCUAUGAAUUUUGAGGUACCAUUUGCUCCUUCUGGAUUCAAAGUCAGAUAUUUAAAAGUUUUCGAGCCAAAAUUGAAUUAUUCUGAUCAUGAUGUCGUCAAAUGGGUUCGUUAUAUUGGGCGAAGUGGAUUGUAUGAAACUAGGUGUUAAUCUAACAAAACCGUUAAACGUAUUUUAAUCAUUUCCCAAUAUUCUGAUCCAAAAUUAUUUACAUACUGAUUAAUAUCAAGGAUAAUAUUUAUUGUAUCAUAUUGUCAUAUUUUUAAUUUAUAAUCCAUUCAGUAUGUUUGGUAUGAUU